AUGCAUGGUGUUGUUGUCCCUGAUCAUGACCUUGAUUAUUUAGAGGUCCAGCCUCGUGCACUUCGUUGGAUUCCACGUCGAGACAAUGACACAACAUCGGUAGACGUGCAGAAGUAUAGACAGCGGCUUGACGCUUUGAAUGCUGAUCAGGUUAUAUGGGAACCUUACAAGUUUGAAAGGGAACACCACCCAUUUCCAGAUGUUGAAUUCUACUCAGGUUAUAUGGGAACCUUAUAA